AUGAAGAUCGUGACUUACAACAUUAAUGGCUUGAGGCCACGUAUCUCACAGUUUGGCUCCCUCCGGAAUCUACUUGAUUCCCUUGACGCUGAUAUCAUCUGUUUCCAGGAGACCAAGAUCUCCAAACCAGAGCUCAGAGCCGAUUUGGUUAGAGCUGAGGGUUACGAGUCUUUCUUCUCUUGCAACCGGAAUUUCGACAAGUCCCGUGCCGGUUAUUCCGGCGUUGCAACAUUUUGCCGUGUGAGGUCUGCAUUUUCGACUGACGAGGUGGCUUUGCCAGUUGCUGCAGAGGAGGGCAUUACUGGUCUUAUUGAUAGUUCUAGAGCAUUGGGAUCUCAAAAUGAGGAAUCCCCUUCAGCUACCGAAGCGCUUCUGGAGUUUUCAAGAGACGAACUUUUGAAAAUUGAUAACGAGGGGCGAUGCCUCAUCACUGAUCAUGGCCAUUUUGUUCUUUUCAAUAUCUAUGGGCCUCGAGCUGAUACUGACGACACAGAGAGGAUUCAGUUCAAAAGCACAUUCUUCAAGAUUUUACAGAGAAGGUGGGAGUGUCUUCUGCAUCAAGGACGGAGGAUAAUUGUUGUUGGAGAUCUUAAUAUUGCCCCUAGUGCUAUAGACCGCUGUGAUGCAGGACCAGAUUUCGAGAAAAAUGAGUUCCGGAAGUGGUUUAGAUCUCGAUUGGUUGAGAAUGGAGGGCAGUUUAUCGAUGUAUUUAGAGCAAAACAUCCUGGAAGAAAAGAAGCCUACACCUGCUGGCCGACAAACACUGGUGCUGAGGUUUUCAAUUUUGGGGCAAGGAUUGAUCAUAUUCUGUGUGCUGGAUCCUGCUUCCAUGAAGGGUCAGAUCGUGAAGAGCAUAGCUUUGUAGGUUGUCAUGUUGAAGAGUGUGACAUAUUGAUCCAAUUUAAGCGUUGGAAAUCUGGGGAUAUAGCUAGCCAUAGGUGGAAAGGAGGAAAAGGCAUUAAAUUGGAAGGUUCAGAUCACGCUCCUGUCUAUAUGACGUUAAAUGAAAUUCCAAACAUUCCACAGCAUAGCACCCCUGCAUUAUCUACUAGAUAUUGCCCCCAGGUCUGUGGAUAUCAGCAAACCAUAGUAUCUUUGUUAAUGAGAAAAGGCUCGGAUGGGAAAGCUAAGAACUCUGGAGAUUCUAUCUCAUCUUCCGGAACUCAUGACUGCAGUGAAGGUUCUGUGGAGGAACCUUUUCAUGGUGCAACAAAUAGUUUGAAGAGUAAUACUGCCAGCGCAGGGUCUUUCUCACAAGCUAGGAAGAAAGCAAGACAGAGUGGGGGGUCUCAGCUCUCUCUAAAAUCGUUCUUCCAGAAAACUUCCAGUGGAAAUGGGACUAUUGAGAGCUCUUCUGAUGGCAUCAAGAUUAGCCAGGAAAUUGUUUCUUCUUCUGUCUGUUUGUCCAAUGGUUCUCCAUUACAUUUUGAUGAAUUUGGUAAAAACAAGGAUUGUGAAUCAAGUGUCAAUACAUCUUGUGAUGAAGAGAGUGAUUGUAAUGGUUCUCAACCUACAGAAAAGGAUAAGUCUAGCAUUGCUGCAUUGGAGUGGCAAAGGAUUCAGCAAUUCAUGCAGUCCAGCAUACCUCUUUGCAAGGGUCAUAAGGAACCUUGUGUGACUCGGAUUGUAAAGAAAGCUGGCCCAAAUUUAGGUCGCAGAUUUUAUGUUUGUGCUCGUGCUGAGGGACCUGCAUCUAACCCGGAAGCAAAUUGUGGGAUUCUGGCUCAUCUUCACAUGCUAACCUUGGCAGGAAAAUUCAGCGAAACCAUUGAUUUCGUGAGUCUUGAUCUACAUGCGUUUAACCGCUUAGAAUAA